AUGUUUGCAGCAGAAAAUGGACUCAGAGGAGACCCAAGGCUCCAAGCCAUAUCUGAAGCCAUCAGGGUUGUGCCUCACUUUCCAAAACCAGGAAUAAUGUUUCAAGACAUAACAACAUUGUUGCUUGAUCACAAGGCCUUCAAGCAUACUGUCGACAUUUUUGUUGAUCGCUACAGAAACAUGGACAUCUCUGUUGUUGCCGGAGUGGAAGCCAGAGGGUUCAUGUUUGGUCCUUCGAUUGCCUUAGCGAUUGGCGCCAAGUUUGUCCCUUUACGUAAACCUAGAAAGUUGCCGGGAGAAGUAAUUUCAGAAGCAUAUGAGCUUGAGUAUGGGACUGAUUGCCUGGAGAUGCAUGUUGGUGCUGUUCAGCCUGGUGAACGUGCAUUGGUAAUUGAUGAUUUAAUAGCUACAGGUGGGACCUUGUCAGCAGCAAUAACACUUUUGGAACGUGUAGGGGCUGAAGUGGUCGAAUGUGGAUGCGUUGUUGGUUUGCCUGAGGUUAAGGGACAGUGCAGGCUUAAUGGAAAGCCACUUUAUAUCCUUGUGGAGCCACGCGAGAUAAAUAACUGUUGUUGA